UUUUGGUUUUAUAAUUCUGCGAUAAUUUAGGAUUCUUAAUCUAAAUUUUCACUUGGAAGUACGUUAGAGGACAGCUAAAUUAGUUAGUUAAUAUGAUGGUAUCAAGAUCCGUCGGGAUAAUGCCGAAUCCWCUCGAUAAACGAGAAAUAGUUUAUACAAACUUGUUGCUGUUGGAUUUCGAUCCUGUAACUAUGGAAUCCAGAGAGAAAAUACCAUUCAACAGGGACAUGUUUGCUCUUCCUAAUAAGAAAGUAAUGGAGGUUGUGAUGUAUUUCUUGUUUUCCAAACUUAACCCUCAGAUGACGUAUGAGGAGUUCAGAGACUGUUGGCCAGUUAAAAACAAAGUAGAUGAACAAAAGUUCCGUAAAACCUGUUAUAAUUGGGUGACAAGACUUUCCAAGGAGGAGAGUGAUACCUAUUUUCCUAGAGUUGUUCAAUCCUUGUUUCACUCUCCUGGAGGUGAUAAAUUUUAUGAUUUUCUGCGAUUGUUUUCCAUGUAUGUGCUAAAAGUUGUCAUGCUUCGGGACCACAGUCGCCAUGUGUCAAUACCAACUUUUCCAUCAAAAUCAAUUCAUAAUCACUCCUUUACGCAAGUCAUCUCCAAAUCUCUUAAAAUUCAUACUUCGYUGCAUAGAAAAAGGUUUUUAGACUUGACACAAUAUUGUUUAGAAGUUCAGCAACAGUGGAUAGCCUAUGCAACUGAUUUGAAUAAAGAAAAUAGAAGUCUAAAGAAGAAAAAACGUGAUCUUGAAAAACAACUGCAAAAAGAAGUAAAUUAUAAAGGAAAGCAAAUGGCAAAAAGCAUUGCAUUAAGUAGUGACUACCAAAAAGAAGUGGAUGCCAUUCAAAGAACACGAGACUUACAAAAAGUCAGGACAUUAUGGAAAGGGCUAGAAGACUAUUUUCUGGAACACAAGCCUCAGGUUGUGGAUUCCRUUGUUAGUAACCAAGCCAAUCAACAUUGUUUAGAUGCAACAAAUGUUGAAAUCAAGAUUCCUGAUUUAUUGUUAAGAGAAUUUGAAAGAGAUAUCCACAAGAAAAAAAUCAGCAAUACUUAUGUUGGUGGAAAACUUAACUUACUGAGCCUUGUUCAGUUGUGGAAUCUUUCCCUCACCUUGAUCAAGGAAAGAAUACGACAAGAUUCAGUGCCAAGUUUUGAUGACAAUUCUCCUAAAAUAAAAAAUGAUAUCCAUAAACACCAAACCUUGCUUUCAAAUACUGAAUAUCUCAGAUCAACUUUAACCAAAGAAACAAUUCCAGAAUUGAAGCAAUCUGUAGAACAACUCAAGAGUAGGAUAUAUGAAGAGAUGGUGAAAUUGGAAGGCCCUUCGCACCCUUUAUCUUUUAAUCUUGGUCUUGGUUUGGUUCCUGCAACACCACCAGUGUCCUUUGCAGCAGCAGAAACACCUGUAAGCCAAAGAAUACCAUCAUUCCAGGAAUCRYUGAAGAGAACACCUAAUGCUGUAUCUACUCCAGAUGUCAUCCAUGCCUGGUCAGAUUCACUUAGAGGAAGAAGACCUCCAGCUGAAGCAGCUAACUUGUCCAAACUAAGCCAACAAGAAAGUAAGAGAACAAGGAAAGUGAAGCCUUCACACCAAACAAAUAYACCUGAACCUAAAACCAUCCAAACUGGACAUCCAAGAAAUCAUUACAAGAUUGGACAACAAAAACAGAACAGGAUAAUAUCCAAGAAGGGUCUUUCCUCAUCWGCWAGACGYCAAGCYACAACAACAACAAGGGCAACUGAAAUUAUAAGCCCAUUAGCUGUAGAUCAAACUUCUAAAGUUGCCAGAACAGAGCCAAGAAGAACCUCUUUUAGAGGCAGCUUAAAACACAAAGGAAAAUCRUCUGCAACUGCUAAUGUUGCUAGUCAGAUUAUUGGAGCACUAUCAGCAGACAAGCCAGACUCACGAAGCUCAUCAUCUCAGUCUUCAAGGUCAAGCUCACCAAAACCACAAGCAAUAAAUGACCCAUUGGAAGCAUUAAGUGAGACAGCUUUUGUAUCUCGUGAUCUUAUAACUCGUACUCCUGCACCCGCUGAAAAAUAUGAUUUAUCGAGUGAUGGGACAAUWACUCCACAAGGAGACUUGCUUAAUUCAUCUGGUGGCUUACUUGAAACCAUCUUAGAUCAAGUCACUAAACCAUUGUCUACACAGAUGGUCCGUACCRCUCUGUUUUCAUCUCCUGAUGAUCUCCAUGGUGAUGAAAAUCACCAUAGMAAUGAGGAUCGYCAUGGAAAUGACUCCAAUCGACCUYGUAUGCAGCUUUUAACUCCAUUUGAUUUUCAAACACCUGGUGUWUCCAAGGAURGCAAUCUCAACGACAAACAACUUGAAGAGGAUAAUUUGACUCCAUUCACCUUCAUAACACCAGUUAGUGGAAGCRCUAUGACAAGAGAUAAUCAAGAAUAUGGAUUUUUAUCUUCCAAAGUUGAACAGAAACCCUUCGCUAGAGAAACACCAAAGAUUCAGAAGCUGAUUGAGUUUACWCCAWUCUCAAAACAUCUUKYAAGUUCAUCAGUAACAACCUCUGACAAACUUCAARGCCCKUACUCUUUGRGUAAAAUAUUUGAAGAGAAAUUGUCCCUGAGCAAAGAAAAKACAUUAAGUCCAGGCUUACCCCAUAUGCCAYAUGACAAAGGUACUCCUAUGGAUCACGAUAAUGGAGUUGUAUUSGACUCCAAAAGUCCAAAGAUAAGUCUGUUUGAACCUGUGGUUAUGAAUGAUAGUUGGAAUGAUGACGUUGAGGAUCAACAAGAGCMYAAGAGAUCACCAUUUGGAGCAUGGACUGUUAGUGAUGAUGAAGAUCAGCCUCAGAAAACUGAAACCACUGSAAAUGAUGAUACCAACAACACCGAUUCAUUCAAAGAUAUGCAGCAGUCAGACCUCAUGAGUAGAUUAAACAAAAUCAAAGCAGCUCAACAAUAUGAUUUCAAAUAUUUAUCAUCACAACAAAAUACUGGAGAGAGGAGUCCUGGGAAUGGGCAACAGGAUGUUGCUAUGGAAACUAUACAGGCUGAAAGGUUAGAUCAGAUAAAGGAAGCCCAACAGGGCCAGCAGGUAACACCAGGUGCCAACACACARAGCAGCUUGGAUCCUUACAGGGGUACUGAGGGGGCACUUUUGACACCUCUUACUAUAAGCAGUGGGGGGUCCCCUGAGAAUGGUAACAAUGAUUACAUGUCAAGAUUUCCUCAAGACAAUAAUGUCAUCAAAUCAAGCAAUUUAUCUACACCAACAUCAGUGUUAAGUGAGCAGUUUCUAAUGGAGUCUCCUCAUAGAAAGAACAGGGAAGAAGCCAUUAUCUUCAGUUUAGACUCUCCAGUKAUACCAGAUCACUUUUCAUCACCAGAAGAGCCAWCUUCUUCAGAAAAGGAACUMAAUAGUGGAGSGRCUGRAACACAGGUGCAAAURAGUGCAAGUUCAUCUGAACACCUUUGGAAUAGUGUCCACUCUCCAAUCCCAAGCUCACCAAGAAUUGAUAACAAAUUGUUGUGGUUGACAACAAAUGGGACAACUUCUAAAGAUUUUAUGCAGCCAAGUGACAGAAGGCUAAGUGAUGGGGACUUCCUAAAUGAAAGUAUCGAUACCUCAUUCUUAGUGCAAAAUACACCACUGCAUGAUAGACAUACUAGAGAUUUUCAAAGCUCAUUUCAAUCGCCAGUUGGUCGCCACAACACAAGUCUACAUGAUARUAGUCCCUUAACUACCGUAACGUCAAGACCGCUUGCUACUUCACCAGCUAUUGGCCAACUUAUAGACUUCUAAUUGACAAGAUAUUCGCCAUGAAAUAGUCGUUUUGGAGGGCAGCUGACGGUAAGGAUUACGACAUGAACUACUCGAGGGACAACUCACGGAUUCUCACCUSUUACGAACAACAUCAAAUACUUAUGUGUACUAUUGGAGUCAAGGGACAGAGAAGACACUGAAUCGAGAAAAUGCGUGCAUAUUUUCCAAUAGAGACUAAAUGUAGCUGAACCUUUAGUCCURUAAAGUUUUAUUCCUCAACAUCCGAUAGUUUCACAUUGUUUUUAAUAAAAUAUUAUCACAAUAAAUAACAGGCACAGUUAGUCGAAAUUAACAAUAUUUUGGGGUUUAUUUUCGACUAUAAUUGCGGUUGUCUUGUAAAGGAGAUUAUUGUAUUUGAGGUAUUAGAUUGAAACUGUGGUAAUAUAAAUUUAUAUMAACUCCUGAAUGUAUUUUUUAUAUAUCGAAAUUGUAGUUAUAACUGUAUAACGAUAGUGAUACUGUAGUAUAGAUUCAAUAAUAAAUUUGUCAAUAUUCCUGCUGUGUUUUUAUUAAAAACUGAAU